GGGCUAAGAUUCUUGUGCCAUAAAGACACGCGACUAGCAGCGUAAUAUUUUUCCGCGUUUGCCUGAAUCUGGCAUCAAAAAACACCGCCCAAUUAACUAUAUAAACACGUUAAUUGAUACAUAGACUUAAACAUAUUUGAAACCAUCUACACAACAUGUAAAUUACAUCAAUGAAUGGACUUUUUACUAUUGCAAAUAAACGAGGAUUUCUGCAGCAUUUUAAAGACUGAUCAUAUUUUACAAUACUACAAAAAAUGAAUGAUGGCAUUAGAUUUCGACAUCAUCUGGUCCAAAAAUCAUCAGAAGAGCCUUACUUCAGAUCUCGAAUUGUUAUAAAGCCCAAAAAUGAAUCACAAAGUGGAAACCAACAUUUAUUAUUUGCCCUGACAUUUAUUUUAUCGGUAUCUUUGACAGUUAUUGUUUUGGAAAAAAUUUUACCUGAGCCACAACUUAUUGGCAGUGAACAACUUCAUCCUGGAAGAUUUAUUGCUGAAAGAGCUAGAGCUCACGUUUAUAAUUUAACUUCUCUUGGACCUAGAGUAGCAGGAAGUUAUGAAAAUGAAGUUUUAGCUGUUCAAUUUUUAACCAAUUAUAUAAACAAUAUCAUUAAACAUGCUCAUCCAAAUCAUAAAAUUACAAUGGACGUUACCCGCCAUAGUGGUAGUUUUUCUUUAACUUUUCUCGAUGGCAUGACCCAUAUUUACAAAAAUGUUCAAAAUGUAGUUGUUAAAAUUGGUCCAUUUCGAUCAUCAAAGCAUAGUCUUUUAUUAAAUUGUCAUUUUGAUAGUUUUGUUGAAAGCCCAGGAGGAUCAGAUGAUGCUGCAGGAUGUGCAGUAAUGUUGGAAGUUUUGAGAGUGGUUUCUAGAAGUAAUAUUAAUUUAAAUCAUAAUAUUAUAUUUUUAUUCAAUGGAGCUGAAGAAAACAUAUUACAAGCUUCACAUGGAUUUAUUACUCAACACCCAUGGGCAAAAGAAGUUGGAGCAUUUAUUAACUUAGAAGCAUGCGGGGCAGGAGGACGUGAACUAUUAUUUCAAGCUGGUCCUGGUAAUCCUUGGAUACUUGAAGUAUAUUCAAAGUCUGUUCCCUAUCCUUACGCUUCAUCUCUAGCUCAAGAAAUAUUUCAAAGUGGAAUUGUACCAGGGGAAACGGAUUUUCGUAUUUUCAGAGAUUUUGGGAAAGUUUCAGGUUUAGAUUUUGCUUGGUCAACAAAUGGCUAUGUCUAUCAUACUAAAUUUGAUUCAAUUGAUCAAAUACCUUUGGGUUCGUUACAAAGAACUGGAGAUAAUAUUUUAGCUCUGUCUUUAGGGAUUGUAUCUGGAAAUUAUUUAGCUGACGAAAGUUUACAGACGUCAGAAGGCUCAAUUGUUUUUUUUGAUUUUUUGGGAGCAUUUGUUAUUAGAUGGCCUGAGUACAUUGCUAAGUUUGUAAAUUUGAUUGGAGUAGCCAUUGGAUUGUAUUCAAUUUAUUUGAAUAUGAUAAGUGUUAAAAGAGACAUUAAAAAGUCAGUAUACAUUAAACAACUGGUAGUUUGUGUUACUACGAUCAUCUGUUCGUGGAUUAUAUCUAUGAUUUCUGUAACAAUGAUUGCUCUUUUAUUUACAAAACUUGGAAAAGUAAUGAGUUGGUAUGCUAGACCAGCAUGGCUAUUUUUUUUGUAUAUUUGUCCUACAGUGGCAAUUUCAAUGAUGUUCUUUCUCUUCAUGAGUGCCCGUCAAAAAAAGAUUAUCAACUCUUCAUGGAUAUUGUAUCAAUUGUAUUUUGAUGCAUAUAGCUUAUUUUGGAUUUCAGUUUUAUUUUUAUGUAUUUUAUUAGGAAUACGCUCCGGAUUUAUACCAUUGCAUUGGGUACUAUUUUUGUCAAUUGGAAACAUUGUACGUCAACACUUUUUUAGUAAAUGGAGAGAUUGGAAGUGGCUCUGUUAUCAUAUGUGUACUUUGAGUUUACCUUACAUACAAUCUUUCUAUUUAUCUAUUGGUGCUCUUUACCUAUUUAUUCCUCUAAUGGGUAGAGCAGGGGCUAGCAUUAAUUCUGAAGUAAUAAUUGCCAAUAUGCUAUCAAUUUUAUUUUGCCUUCUUCUAAGUUUCACGAUUCCAAUCGUUGUAUUGGUGAAAAAUGCAGAGAGGGUUAUUAGUAUUUUGAUUGGAAUAUUUUUAAUUGCCACUGCAGCUUUAAUAUUAACACCGUUGGGUUUUCCUUAUAGUGGCAAUCCAUCUUCUCCUGCUCCAGAGAGAUUUAUGAUUGCACAUACUCAAAGGCAAUAUUAUAAUUUAGAUGGAAGUUUACGUUAUUCAGGAACCGGAUAUUGGAUUGUGAAUUUGGAUAUGAAUAGUCCAUACAGUGUACAAGCAAUGGUGCCUGAAGUUGGAGCUGCAGAACCAACUGUUGAAGAUUGCAAACAGGAAUUAUAUUGUGGUUUGCCAUAUUUAGUGCCUGUCACUACCUUUUUAUGGAAAACGAGUUGGAUCCCAGCACCGGCUCCAAUCAUUCCUAUACCAACUACUUUAGAAUUGAUUGGAAAAUCAGUCAAAGGCGCUUCAAUUAAUUUUUCAUUUAAUAUAACUGGACCAGAUCAUAUAGGAAUUAUGUUAUCCCCGUAUAAUGGCUUACGACUCAAAAAAUGGAGUAUAUUAGAAGAAAAACCGUUACAAGGACCGAAGUGGAAUGACAGGGAAACAUAUUUUAUUUAUUACUCAUGUAUAAAAGAUUGUGAACCUCUAAACUUUUCUCUUGAAUUAGAAACACCAAUAGAUUUUAAGGGCCCCAGUUUAUCGAUUGCUCUAGCAGGUCAUUUCUUACACGGGGAAAAUCAGCGCUCAUCCAAAUUCAAGAACUUCUUAUCUCAAUUUCCAACAUGGACUGUUGUGACCCCCUGGACAGCCUCAUAUACUUCAUGGCAGUUUUAAACUAUUAUUAUUAUAUUAUUCAUGGCUCAUAAAGCAAUUUCGAAGAGACAUACAUUGAUUCUAUGACAACGUACGUAAAGGCUAAAAAGUAUUACCUUUAAACUUUAAAAUUUUAACAAGAAAAAGAGAAAUGGUGUUAUUCUUUAGAACGAUUUAAUCGAUCUUAAUAAAAGAAAAUUAGGAAAUACAUCAUACUUUUGAAAAUCAAUAUUAUAUAAAAUAUUCAAACAAAAGUGGG